AAAGACCACACAAGACCACAUGUUGUUUACUCUGGGCUGAUUAUUCACGUUAUGAGCAGCCAAAAGCAGAGACUGUUUUCCCCUAAGUUCUGAAAGUGUAAUUCCAUCAAACCAAUGGUUGUCUUUGUUUUAAUAAAAUACAUUCAAGAAGGGAUGAUGUCUCCCCACUGAGAUAUAAAUGCCUGCACUUGAAAAAUACCUCCCCUCCGGUUUCUUUUAGCAUUUGCAAGCAAGUCGCCCCUGCUGAAACAUCUACGUGUUACUAAGUUUCUUUGCUUUGGCAUUACUUUUAAAAAUUAACUUGAGGAGUUAGUUUGGAUUCCUUUGAUCAACCUUGCUGUUGCGCUGUGGAGGUGUGCCCUCUCCCUGCUUUGUGUCCAGCACCCAGCACAGGGGGAGUUUUCCGUGGGAUGGUGUGGCUGUGGACCCUGUGGGGAACACAGCAGCGGUUCCCAGAGGCUGCACGUUUUCUGUAUCUGCAGUUUGAUGCCACCCGCACCCACAGGGUGCACCUGAUCUGCUGGGAAAUGCCAGGAGGGCUUCUCCUUGAGCUUUUCCAGGUGUCCCAGAGCUCUUUAGAAGGUGUGAGGGACUGUUACAUCGAUCAGGGUCCUGGUAAUGGCAGAUUACAUCAUUUGAGCUCCAUCGGUUGUCCACAUGAGGCUGGAUUGUAACUGCUUGUGUUAACUGAAAGAAAUGGAGCUUUUCUAUCAGUUGAGAAGGAAGAAAUCCUGUUCUGUUAAAGCUGUGUACAACACAUUCUCUGCAUUAGGCAUUUAGGGACUCAUCCUCUGCACGCUCACAGCUGUGGCUCCGUGGAUUGAUACAGAAACACAGGAACAGAUCUCAGCUCAUUUUCAGGAAUCAUCUUAACUUCUUGUAUCCGGGGGACUAAAGGGGAAAUCCAGCCCUUACAGGAACCAAAGGCAAACUGCUGAUGGGUUCAUGAGUUAAGAGUGGGAGUUUGGCCUCGGGUUUCAGAAAUCACAUCUUUGUGCUUUCCCUCCUUUCCUUUGCAGAAUCCCUCCCGUCGGAGAGGAUGCGUGUGCUGCCAUUGCUGCUUUUGUGUGCUUUGUCCUCUUUGCUGCACACCUGAGGUUCAUCCAACCGAUGCUGUUUGCCCCCCCACAUUGCUAUUUUGCGCCUUGUGUUGUGUUUUCCAAAGCAGACUUUUGUAAUAAUAAAAUACAAAUAGCUGUUCUGAGUAUUUUUAUGCUCUAAAAGUGAGUACAGUCAACAGAUGCCAAGAUGUAAUAAAUCAAACUGAAGAGCUGUCUUAGUUGCUUCAGCUUGAAAAGGAACUGCUGUAGAAAAAGGCAGUGAUGAAAUCUAAACUGCAUUUGCAAUCCCGUGAAGAUUCAGGUCAACAGGGUUGAGAGCAGAAAUUAAUGAAGUGCGAUGUUUGCUGCAACAGCCACAGUAAAUGUGGAGGUUUCACAACAGAAACUCAAAGGGAGUAUUACAAAUGCACAUGAUGCUGAGUGCCUGAUGUUGGCCCAAGGGCCUUGAACAUUAGAGGGAGAGAGGGUUCCACAUCUGGUAUCCAUGUGAAAGUGAAACAUCCCGUAUGUGCUGAAGGUCAGGGUGACCUGGGAUGCUACGCUGAGAUGGCUGUGAAACAGCAUGGGCCGCUCCUCACUCUGUGGACAAAUUUUCCAGGAUAGGAAAAAAUAAUAACGAAUUAAAAUGUGGCUUGUUUCUGUCAGCCUGCAAGUGCUUUCACUUCAGCUGGACUCAGUGCUUUCUCAGCGGCACUAUCUGUCCCUUUCAUCUCUGCUCUGCGCUGACUUCUGGGAGAGGAGAGCAAACUUCCCUCUGCAUCUGUUUGUCUCCUUGGCAGAGAUGGAAGAUCACUGUGACACUUGUACUCUUUACUGUACGCUGUCGCCAGUUCCUAAAGGGAUCUAAUUGCUUUUGUGGUAAAUGUCAUGAUGGUCUCCCUCCCUUUUUUUCAAUCUCUUUUGAAUGCUCUGUAUUCAACCCUGGCCUCAAGAGCAGUGUUAGUAGAUUGCUGUGAAAUGCCCAUUAUAUACUGGCAGGUACUUUAAUCUCAAGGCAGACACCGCGACACAGUCCGUGCAGGCAGCCAGGCUGGUACUUUGCUCUGUAUUAGCAGUUUUAUUCUUCGCACUUACCAAAAUCCCGCUGGAUUCAGUGGGAGUUCUGGGCAUGCAUCUUAGACAGAACUCACCUAAAUGUUGGGGGCUUUACCCUUUCUCUAUGUCUGGAAAUGAAAACUGCAAUGCUGCAGUUUAGUAAGACUAAGCAACAACUGUCUCCUUGACUUCGGAAUCUGUGGUUUCCCCAAGGGUUAAAUUUUUGUCUGUUUGUUUUCUUUCUCAAAUUCUUCCAGGUGUGGUGGACUUUGAGAACUCCACAGUGCAGGGGAGGUCACUGGGUGUGUGAACCCUGCCCCAUUCAUUUCUUGAGACAGCAUCCCGCUCCCCUCUUCUUCUUGGUUUCCAAGUAUUAUUUUCAAAAAAGCCCGAAGCGAAAUGACGGAGCUGUGGUGAGCUUCCACACGCCCAGCAGAACUGAGAAGCAGAGAGAGAGUAACCAGGGGGAGAUGUGAGCUUGCACAAGGGACAGCAGGUAGUGGGGUGGCAGCUCCUUGUGAAGAAGGCAACAGGGUCCCAACUAAAGCGAACGCAACCUGGCAGGAUGUUUCCCCGGCGCGAGGGAAUGAACAUUUGCUUUCGUAUUUGGACUUCAGCUGCGGUGAACUGGAUACCCAGGCAUUUAUCAAAGACCUUGAAUUUCUGUUCUGUACUCAGGGGAAGGUUCAAGUCAAGCACUCAAAUGUUUUCAGUGGUUUUAUCCCCUUUAUUUCUUAUGCUUCUCAAUUAAUGGCAUAUGCAGAGUUUCUCAGAUCAUGAGGAAUCUUAAAAUGCACAAAAAAAGAAAACUGAGGAGAGAUCUUCAUGCUGUGUGCAGAGGAAUUUUUCAAAAAUCCUCUAAAUGUUCAUUCAUGUCCUUUCACCCACAAUUCUUUUUUGUUAGAAGCCUUCUCUAAUGUAAAUCAACGUGCUAAUUCUGAGCCGAUUAGAGUCAGAGUCAGUUCAGAGAGAAGGUGAAUGUUCCUUCAUAAGGUGUCUUUCCAUAACUGGAAGAGUAAGCACCAUGUGUUCACUGAAGAAACAGAAAUUUGUAUUUGGGUUUGUGAGGGAAUUUCUUCUAGAUACUGCUAAUCAAUUUAGAGGGGUUUGGUUUAUUUUUUUAAUGGCAUCCAAAAUUUGUUACAUUGUUAAAUAUUUUAAAUCCCAAAUAGAAUUAAAUAUGUUGAACAUGGUUGAUCAUGUACAGUGUAAUUGAAUCUAACAUUUGACACUGACAGCAAAGACAGCUUGUAAGUUAUUUUGUUUUUAAAGAUAAUGCAUCCAACAGAUAAUUCUGUUUGGAAAAAAAGGAAAAAUUAAAAAAAGAAUUUUCAAAUCAAGCAUACCUGCAUCUUCUGUGCCACAUCCAUGGAAAAAGGUAAUGUAAUAUGAAGUAUAAGUUUCAUUUUGCUGUAUAGAAAUAUAUAUUGAUAAUAUAACUUUGUAACAUGUCUCAGCUACAGGUAAGAGAAUUGAGAAUGUGACAAGUUUGGACUCAGACUCUCAUAUCAGCCACUGAAAAAUCUUUAUUUUAAAAUGUAAUUUAUUGUUAUUGCUCUCAUAAAAGUAACCUGUUUCCACUCUAUUUGCUUCCAAUCACUCAUAGCUUUCUGAAUUCAGUUUAGGGGUUGAAAAGAAAUGCUUAUUCCAAAAUUCCAAGGCUCCCACAAUACAUGCCUUACAGUAAAUGCUAAAUUUAGGGUAAACUGUUAUUACAAGUAUCAUUACAAGUUGCUUGUCAUCUCUCCGGAUCAGACACCAAUUUGCCUUACAGAUCUUUAUUGUGUGCUUGGGGGGCAAUUGCAAUACUCUGGACGUGACUUCUGGGCAAUCUCUUGCCACUGCUAGCUGAGAGUGUGAGAGAACCUGGGGUGUCUGGUGCUUCUGAACCCCCUAUUUGCUGCUAUUGAUAAAAAUGGAGGGUUUUGCUGCUUUGGGUGCAGGGAACACCUGAGAAACUUGAAGUUUCAUAAUAUGGGGAUCUGCUAUGAAGGUUAAAUGAAAUUUGAAUUAAAGCAAACCAAAUGCUAAAGUUGGAAAGAAAGCUGAUACGUGCACCUUCUAGACUUACAUUUGCAAGUUUUCACUAAUGAAGGUUGUAAAACAGAGCUGAGUGUUUUACUAAGUUUUUCACAGUUAAUAACUGGGCAGGGUGUUACUUCCAUUUGGUAUCCAGAUGGUAAUAUGGUAUAUUGUGGAUGACACUGAGAAAAUUGCCUUCCUCUAGAAAUUGCCUGUGUGAAGUAUAUUAAAAAAAUGUCACUUAUUUCUGCAGUAUGGAAAAUAGGGAAGAGUGAUGGAAAAUGACACUGAGCUGUGUAAGAAUUGCUCAGAUGCCAGCCCAGCCAUGUGGUAAUGCUGUCAUGCUUAUGAGCACGAUUGUUAUUACCAUUUCAGGUAGUCAUCUGCGAGUGCUUUACUGUGCUGUACCCUCACAGCAUGUGUAAUUGGCUUCGCUGAAAAUUGACUCUGGGUUGCACAGAACUUGGAAGGAGCAGGCACCGUUCCUGAUCUGACACCCGCUCUAGCUGUUAAGAGUUCAGUGGGUUGAACUGCAAUCCUUCAAGUUCAUCUGUUGACUCCAACACAAAACUAUUAUAAACUGUGCCUCUAAAACACGUGAUGAAACAUUUCUUGAGAGCUAUUUAUUCCAACUGCAGCAGAGGAAAGUUUUCAGAACACCCGGCAUUUGGUAGAGGAAAGGUCUCUUGAGCUUUGCUAAAGGAGGAAUUAUUUGCAUACCAACGCUUUAGCUGUGGUAAAACACUUUCCAUGCCGAAAAUGGACCAUGCAAACAUGACCCAAGCCAUGCUUGAUGCUGAAUCCCGCAACAUGGAGAAGAGCAACAGCAAUGAGUAUUUUUACAUUCUGAUCGUCAUGUCUUUCUACGGGAUCUUCCUGAUAGGGAUAAUGCUGGGCUACAUGAAAUCCAAAAGAAAAGAGAAGUCGUCCAAUUUGCUUCUGCUCUACAAAGAUGAGGAGAGAGAAUGGGGGGAAGCUGUGAAGCCUCUACCAACCAUCUCGGGGCUGAAGUCUGUGCAGAUCCCCAUGAUGCUGAACAUGCUGCAGGAGAGUAUGGUGCCUUCCCUGUCCUGUGCCAUCUGCUCGAUGGAAGGCAGCAGCGUGAGCUCCGAAUCCUCCUCCCCAGACGUGCACUUCACCAUCCAGGAGGAAGUGCUGGAUGCUGAACUGGGGGAAGUGUCAGAAACGCUCCUCAACGAGAGCAGCGAGGGAUCUGCGGAAAACAUCCACAAGAACUCCUAGCACUCGCAGGGCUCCCUUGGUCAGCUGCCCAAGCGUGAGAGGAGCUCCCACUAAGAACUUGUGGUUCUACUUUCCUGCUCUCCGAUGAACUCUCAACAGGUAUCUUUGCCCCCGGGCCUGAGGUGCUCCUGAGAGCUGGCAGGACAAGGAAGCAGUGGUACCUAACACCAAAGUGUAACUUGCACAUAAUUGGGAUGCUUAAUUUUACUUUUUCCAUUGUUAUUUCUUACCAUAAGAGCUAAGAACAAGGAGAAUAUAUAUAUAUAUUUUCUAACAAGGUAACUAUUACUGGCAUGUCUCUGCAUGUUUCAGAAGUCUGCAAAUAUCUGGGAAAUGUUUAGGGAAGUUCCCUAAUGUAAUGCCUGGUUGUUAAAGAUGAUGGAUGAUGCUCAUUCACGCAAAACUGUGACAGGUUAGAAGUACUCUUCCUGUGUUUUUCUUAUAACAAACCACAGCCAACAGCAGAUUUGCUCAAUGAGGCCUCGAAAGCUGAAAAUUUGUCGAUUCUGUAGUUGAAGGGGGAUUGCAGCAUGGCUGGAGACUGAAUUUAGGCAAAGUAAAAAUGACAGAAAAAAUAAAUAAUGAAAAAAAAAAAAGAGGUAAGUAGUUUCUAGGAGGUUUGUAAAGCCCAAUUUCAGAUCCAUGCCACUAUAUUUAUCUUUGCUUAAGUUGUACCUGUACUGGCUGGGUCAGGUUCACUAAUUUCUGCUGCAACCUGGUCUUUGACUGAGUUACCAGUAGGAAAAGUGGUUUAAUUUUUUGCUUUUGUAUUUUUUUUAGAGACACGUACAUUUGAUCACUAAAGGCAAAGAUCUGAAAGUUAAAAAAGAUCUUUGUUACAAGGUGUAAAACAUAGAAAGGCUUGAACACAUGCUGCUCUGUUACGCCCCCUUGGAAAAAUAGGUGGGAUUCAGGAUAGAAUUUAACCUCAGCAAGGGUGAAAUCCCGGCCCCACUGAAGUCAUCAGCUGAGUCCUCUGGACUUCAGGGGACACACACAAGAUUUUGUGCUUCUCUGUUGGAGUUAAAUUCUCCAUUUGAGGUCAGUAAAACUGUACUCAUUUACAACAUUGAAGAAUCUGGCCUUCGUGCUCUGUUUAAGCCAGUGUAGAUAAACAUUGCAUUACAUCCUUUUUUUUUUUUUUUUUUUCAAACAGCUCACAUGUGACACAUGCAUUUCUACAAAGUCAUUAGUAACUAGUUUUUAAAACCACCACAGUCUUCCCCUCCUAGUUUAAUGGUACUGUGAUUUUUUUUCAAAUGUUCAUGAAAUUAGUUACUAAAUUAUUGCACUGUUAAAAAAAAAGUAGUGUUAAUAUUGUAGCAACGUAUGAUUGUUUCAAUCAUACCUUAUAUUUUAUAAUAACUUAUUACGAUGUUUGGAUUAGUUCUGAACCAUGAGGGCUAAAGAGCCUGAAUCUAAAGCGUUGCACAGCAAAAAUGUUUGCAAAAUGUCUCCACAUAUUUCCUGCGCUAAAAUAGCUCUGUGAUUUAUCCACUGGCAUUAGAGCUGGAGAGACGGCUUGAAAAAUAGGAGCGCAGAGCAGCAGAAAUGAGCUGAGGCGAGUCUGCUGUGCUCCUGCCGCGGAGAAGGGAGAGCUGUGGGUUUGUCUCGGGGGGUGACUGCGGCGGGACGCAGCCCGCAGAGGUAUCGCUGUCUCUCUCUCAGCACCAAAGAACAAAAGCCCCAUUGUGCUCGGAAAGGGCCUGAUCCAGCCCAGACUGAAGGCAGUGGGAGUUUUUCCAUCGGCUUCAGUGAACUUUGGAUCAGACCAUAUAAAGCUUUUUGGUAGAUUUAAUCCAAAAGGGGCUGUUUUAAGUUUGAAAGAAGCCAAAUUAAGUUUGGCACUUUGCCUGGAAUCACUUGAAUCCUGAAACUUUCCAAAUGAGACUGACAUGCGCGAGUUGUCACAUUUUCCAUUGCUUUCUCCUUCGUCCUUUUACUUGUGGUAUAAGUGUAUUUGUAUCUGUAAAAAAACCUGAUGUAUAUAAUUCCUAACAUUGAGUUGUAUAUAAUUGUCUCAUGUAUUUAAAGUUUAUUGUUUCUACUGGCACUAAUUUUUAUUUAAAUAAAGAAACACGU